AUGCCACACAAAGUCACCAACGACUCAAAUUCCACUCUAGCCAGUAGAGGCAGUGGUGAUCAAGUUAUUGCUACAGAAGUCCGAGAUUCAGCCCGGCUAAUGCAGACGCGUCCAGUAACCGCCAAUGCCGUCCGCAAACCCCCGGUUGUCGUACACAACAAAGGCGGCCAAAUAUACGACGAAACUCGGCCAUCGGACUGGGACAAACAACGCUGGAAGUAG